GUGGGUCUGCAGGCAAGGGGAGAAGAUGGCGGCGCUGGGGGAACCUGUGCGGCUGGAGAGGGAUAUAUGUAGAGCAAUUGAAUUGUUGGAAAAACUACAAAGGAGUGGAGAGGUACCACCACAGAAACUUCAGGCUUUACAAAGAGUCCUUCAAAGUGAAUUCUGCAAUGCUGUAAGAGAGGUAUAUGAACAUGUCUAUGAGACUGUGGACAUCAGCAGCAGUCCUGAAGUGAGAGCUAAUGCAACUGCAAAGGCUACUGUUGCUGCAUUUGCUGCCAGCGAAGGACAUUCUCAUCCUCGAGUUGUUGAGCUGCCAAAAACAGAAGAGGGCCUUGGAUUCAAUAUUAUGGGAGGCAAAGAACAAAACUCUCCGAUCUAUAUAUCUCGAAUAAUUCCAGGAGGGAUUGCUGAUAGACAUGGGGGCCUCAAGCGAGGAGAUCAACUUCUUUCUGUUAAUGGAGUGAGUGUUGAAGGAGAACAUCAUGAAAAAGCCGUAGAACUGCUAAAAGCUGCUCAAGGAAAGGUUAAAUUAGUAGUACGAUACACACCCAAGGUUUUAGAAGAAAUGGAGUCACGUUUUGAAAAAAUGAGAUCAGCCAAACGCAGACAACAGACCUAAUGCAGUUCAGAACUUUGUAUUCCAUUUUGCUUCCAGCUAGAGAAGUUUUACUUGUGACCUACUGAUGGCCGCAAUGCCAAUGAUUGUAAAAAAACAAAAACAAAAAAUACCAGAAACUUCCCAUGAAAUCUCCUUGUCAUUUUAUAAAUGCCCGUUUUAAAAUCAUUUGUGGUUCCAGAGAUGCAUAUACUUUUUUUCUGAUAAGAAAAAGUAAAAGGUGAUGAGGGCAAUUCUGUCCUCUUUUUACAGGCCUUUUUUCAAAUGCAGAUUUUGUCAUAAAGUUGUUAUAGAUUUUUAAAAACACUUUUUAAAUAUUAAGAUGUAUCUUACAUUCUUAUUCUUUUUUUGAGGAAAAAAGUUUUCUUUAUUUGGCUGCUUAUUUAAAAACAACAGUUCUCCAGUUCUUUUUUGCUUACUUUAUUUUUUUUUUAACCUGUAAAAUUUCUUUAUGGUUUUCCAGGAAAUUAAAUGUAACAGUUUCAGCUACAACAGUUUAUUACACUGUCAAUGUUAACAUCACUGCUGUAUUUUGUACUUUGAACACAACAUAAUAUGUAUAGUCAUUGGUAAAUCAACUCAGCACAGUGGAAGUUUUUUUAUUUUUAUUUAAACAAUGUAAAUGAAUAUGCAUUUAUACUGAUUUAUAAAAGUAAAUUUUUAAACACUAAAACAGUCAUUGCUAAAAUAUGUAUUCUUUCGUAAUUGAGCAGCAAGGCAAGAGAAUAUAAUUUGUUUUUUAGCAUUACUGAUUAGGUCUCUGUAUUCAACAGUAUGUUAAAUUACAAAUGCAAAAACAGGUUUGGGUGCAUUCUUUGCAAAUUUUUUUAAUGCUUUUCAUUUCUGUUUAAAUAUGUUUCUUGUAUUUUAGUCCUUCCAUUCCUAGAGAUGAGCCAUUUAGUUUGUGAUGGGAAAUAGUGGAAGCAAAGAAGAAAAAGUAGUACUUUAAUAUCACUAGUCUGAAGAGUUACACACUCUUGGUAGGUCAGUUUAAAGACUUGGUUUUAAAUAGGAUUAUAGAAGGAUAUAUUUAAGAUAUACAGAAAUUAUGAGGUGAUGUAUUCAUAAGAAUCUGCAGACUUGUCAGAAUGAGUAGGAAUUUAUUCAUAUUAAAAUGGUUGGAUUUAGAGAUGAUCUUUGUUUCUGAUUCAAAUGAGGGGAACUCUGAGAGGUACUCUCAGUUGUCCACUGGAUGUCACUAUUUUACUGAAAGGCAGCUUUAGUGUAAGACUGUGACUGAGCUCAUUUUAAAAGUUGAAAUGAGAGAGUUGAGUUCAUUUUUGGUCACAACUUAUAGGAACAUUUGUAUGAUUUUUUUUUAAGUGACAGAUGCUAAAGAGAAGAUAAUUGUUUGAAAUAUAUGAGAACUUUAGACUUUGUUUUAAAAGUGGGCAUUUUGUAACAUUCCUUCAGGAAGACUAGCAAUGUGUACCUUAUUUUGCAUGUUUGUGAGCACUGUGAGUCUUAAAAGAUUAUUCCAGUUUUCAGUGACUUUUCAGAAUAAAAGCCAAUCAGCGUUGUUAUUUAUCAUUUAGGUAUUGAACACUGGAUUGCAUGGUUGAAUGUGUCUUUAGUCCACUACAAAAUGUGCUUGUUAUUGCUAGGAGUGUUGUUAAAUUGUAUAUUUUCAAAUUAAUUAAUGUUUUUUGAAUGUUGAGACCAAAGUAGUGUAGGAGAAUUAUGGACUUACUUUAAUUUAAUUGUAAAAUUAUUAGAGGUAUUUGUUGUAGAGCUUUGUAUAUUAGAGAGAGGUAUUGGUGCAUAUAAAAACAGUAAUAUGCUCGUAUUCUUGCAUUACAGGGUAAGUAAACCCUAAAGAAGUCUUAUUUUAGUAUAGCUACAGCUGCAGUAGCUUUUAAGGGCGUGUCAACAUUUCAUUAUAAAUUAUAGCUUCUUGGUUCAGAAUCUCAGCUGUUUCAGAACUUGCAGCCAAGUCAAAUCUUUUUUGGUGUUGAAACUUAAUAAGUUGAGUAAGCUAUUUUUUUCUUCUAUAGUAAUCCACAAUCUGUUCUUUGUGUGGGUUGGCACUUAUUUAUAAUUCUUAAAGAUAGCUUAAAGGAGCCACAUACAGUAGUUCUGCUUGCUACUGUUGAGCAUGAAUAGCAGUAGUUUGUUUUCAUUAAAGCAGUUUUCACAGUGUAUCCCAGAGUUUUAAAUCCUGACUGUAGAAAAGAGUCAAUCAUUCAAUGGCAGAGAUAUACAGUAGUGGUUUGGUAUUGUGAGGAAAUGAAGGAAUUUUUCAUUAAUAAAUGUAUGAUUCAUGAAUAUAACUAGGCACAUUAGUAAAUAUGUAAUAGGUGUUUGAUUUGUAGAUUAUAAAUAUAAUUAUUACCUUUUCUCAAUUUCCUUUUUUUUUGGUAUUUCAAAAUGGGUUAACUACACGAUUCUAAACCUUAGCUUAUUAAAAUACCCUGCAGAACUUUAAAACAGAUUGAUACCUGAGUCCUGUCCCAUAGCAGCUAAAUCAUAGUCUCUGAGGAUGGGGCCAGGUGCUCAUUUUUUUUUACAAACUUUCCAGGUGGUUCUGAAGGACAUGUAGGGUUGAGAACCACUAAUUUUCCCCUUUACAAAGUGUUCUAAUUACACUGGACUACGUUUGGAAGUAUCAGAAUACAGUAAUUUACAGCUACUAUUAAGUAGCAAAUACAGUGAUUGGUUAUAUUAAUUUGUUUAGGAACAAAAGGUACAUGGCAUUCUUUGGGAAAUAAUUAUAGUCUACCUUUUUUAAAAAUUUGCUAGUAGUUUAAACACAAACCUUUAAUGUCUGUCAUUUUUCUAUUCCCUUCACCUUUUUAAAACUUAAAAAGGUAAAUGUUUAUCAUUUGAGAAAGCAUGUUUAAAAAUUGCAGAUGAGAAGUAAUGUCCUUUAUAAUUAUAUGCAGUCUUAACAUGGCCACUUUAUUAGCAAUAUACUAGAUUAUAGUGGCCUAGUUCUUUGGGGUUGGAUAAUUCAGAUGUUUUUAACAAAAUUACUGUCUUCAAAAUUUUUGAAAGUUGUUCAAGUACUUAACAUAGUUUGGUUCAAGUACUUUGUUUACAAUUUAAAUGGGUAUUAUAGUAUUUAAUAGAAGAAAUGGCUAUGGCUUAUCAGGAAAGAAUAUCAGCAUGGCUUGGUGUAGACUUAAAAGAAUACAUGUGAAUAUUUUAUGUGGAAUGGUCAUUAAAAUAUUAAGGACUGUAGUAAUUGUAUUUCCUGAAUAAAUGUAUGUUUAUGGA